CAACUUGCAAGUGGAUAAUCUGAGUCCGCAACUGAGUGGAAAACCGUUAUUUUUUUUUCUUGGGGAUAAAAAACGGGUAAACAACAAGUAGAGCAACUAAGUACCGAAAAACGAAACAUUACAGAAAUGGGACACAUAAAUUUGGUGGAAUUGAAACUUGUGCUGAACAUUCUGUGUGCGGCCAUUCUGGUGAAUGGACAUGGAUCACACUCGGAUGCACAGCCUGAGUUUCUUGCACCCCUGGACAAUCUCACGGUGACGCAGGGAAGAGACGUUUCCUUCACGUGUGUCGUCAACAAUUUGGGACAAUAUCGGGUGGCAUGGAUAAAAUCGGACUCGAAGGCUAUCCUGGCAAUCCACACCCACAUGGUGGCGGUCAACCCGCGCCUUUCGGUUACACACAACGGUCAUAACACCUGGAAACUUCACAUAUCCCACGUGCAGCUCAACGAUUCCGGCAGCUACAUGUGCCAGGUGAAUACGGAUCCCAUGGCGCAUCAGUCCGGCAAUUUGGAGGUCGUCGUUCCACCGGACAUAUUAAACUCCAACGAUCCCAACAGUGCAUCCCUGGAGGAGGGCGUGGCCAACGAGGGUGGUAACAUUCAGCUUCUCUGCCAGGCGGUCGGUGUUCCACUGCCGAAUGUGCAAUGGCGUCGGGAGGGUGGCAAGGACAUUGUGCUGCGGAGCGAUGGGCGGGAAAAACAAGUUGUUAAAUUCGUCGAAGGCGAAAGGCUGGUGCUCAAUCAAGUGCAACGAACUGACAUGGGCGGAUAUCUGUGCAUAGCAUCGAACGGAGUUCCUCCAUCGGUCAGCAAACGGUACGACGUUCAGGUAAACUUCCCACCGAGCGUCAAAGCGGAUAACCAACUGGUGGCGGCCCCAGUCGAGAGCCACGUUCUGCUCCAGUGUACUGUGGAGGCGUUUCCUGCCCCGCUCAAUGGGUGGUACAAAAAUGACGGAGUCAAACUGUACGAGGGCGAGAAGUACGUCAUCAGCGAGGAAAAGCUCAAUGCCUACACCUGGCAGCUGAAUUUGACGGUGAAAAACCUCCAGAAGGGCGACUUCGGGGCGUACGUGUGUUCCAGCAUCAACGCACUCGGGAAGUCGGACUCCCGGAUCCGGUUGCAGGAACUUCGGCUGCCACCGAAACCGACGACGACGCCCACCCCUUACGUGCCACCGACGCCGAAACAACCGCGCCGGAAGCAGCACCACCAGGGCAGCCACGGAAAGGGAAGUCACGACAGCAACAGUGGAUCCAAGGGGGGCGGGGCCAACAACGGCGGGAUGGGCGGCUUCAACCGGGACUCCUACAUCAUCAAUCACAUCCAGGAGAACGAUCUGCUCGGUGGAUUUGGGCCCUCGGAUGCUCCUUCCCGGGGAGGAUAUCCCAACGGAGGAUACGGUUCCGGUGCCGGCAAUUCGAACGGUCUGGGUCCUAAUUCCGGUGGUUCCGGGCUGGAGAAAGCCCGCAACACCCAAAUGCCGGCACCGAUUCCUUCCCGGCAACCACCCCUCUGGAUUCGAAGCGAUUCAUCCGGAACCACCGGGCGACCUUGGAACGUCCUUUCCCUAACGGCUUUGGCCAUCUCACUUGUCGCGGGCCAUCAACUGAGGGCUUCAGAGUGGGUCAGUAGCAGCAGCAGCAGUUGGCGACGGAGAAGCUGGAACAUUGGCCGGCGCGUAUUUUCGUCCUCGUCACUCAGUGGUGGAUUUUGUUUGCUGAUGAUUUAUAGUCUGUUGAUGUUGCUGACAGUUACAUGAAAUUAUGUCUAUGGGUGUUGUUAUCAAAGCUGUUAGGCAGCCAGGCAGGCGUCAGUAGGAAUAUUUGUGCGUGUGCUUGGGUAUUUUUUUUUUAUUUCCGAGGCCGGAAUGGCCGGACGAUUGCCUGAGGGAAAAGGAUGCCCGAGUAAGUGCGCGUGGUUGCAUAUUAUCAUCAUUAUAAAUACAUCUACAUAAAAGUUCCCCCGCUGUUGCUGGUUUGCUGCUGAUGAUGGUGUGGUCACAAUGUUACACCAACAACGUACUCGAGUGUUUAUACAUUAAUAUCUCGCGUUUGCAAAAUAUGGCAUAUGGUAAUGUACUAAAACGUUGAUGAGCGUUGAUAAAAUGGAGGGUGGUCCAGUCGGAUUCCGGAUGACAACAACGGCAUGACAACGUGUGAAGGAUCCCGUGAAUCGAAGCUCAAGCGGGGCGAAUCUUGCUGAACAAGCACACUCUCGACAUUUUCUACUGCUACGAGUCAACGAUGAACACUUUUCAACCAGUAAAUUUUCUCCAGCGAAGCCGUUCACAAAAUGUGCAAAUGUGAGUGAAAUAUGGAGACAAAAAAUAAACGCUACUUAAAUCAUAACAGAAAAACAGAACAUGAGACACCAUCAACAGCAAACAACA